AUGAAAGAUUUCUUGGUUCAGUUAGAUGAUUUACCGGAUGAAACUCUUAUGUCUAUAUUUAAAAAAUUGUGCAAUUUUGAAGUACUUUAUUAUUUAAUGGAUGUUAAUCAACGAAUCAAUAGAAUUGCACGUGAUAGAAUUUUUACUCAUCAUUUAUGUUUAUUAGAAUAUUGUCGAAUCGACGAUUCUUCGAUUCCAUUAUCAGGUCCAAUACUUGAUCGAUUUUGUUCAAAAAUUUUGCCUGAAAUUGGACAUCAAAUUGAAACUCUCUAUCUUGAAAGAACAUCAAUAGAACGUGUACUUCGUGCUACAAACUAUCCAAAUUUAAAUAGCCUUGGUUUAUGUGAUAUAGACGACGACAAACUAGUUAUGUUUCUCUCUUCUGAUACAAAUUCUGCAAUUCAUUUAUUUAACAAUCAAAUUUCAUCGCUCUUUAUCAGUUUUAAUAAAAAAAACAACUCGUUUGUAAACAACACCAGCUAUUCGUAUAUAUUUGCAAAAAUCUUAACAAUAUUUACUAAUCUACAAUGUUUAAAAUUCAAUCCAUAUUUACCUAUUAGUGGCACUUUAUUUCUUAGUAUGACACUUGAAACUGCUAUCUCUCCAACUUUAUUAGAAUUACAUAUCAAUGUCUUUGAUAUAAAAGAUUGUAAUCAUAUACUUGAUGGACGUUUUGAUCAACUUCGUAUACUUCGUGUUAACAUUGAUACUAUUGGGUUUUACCAUACCUACAAAGAAUUGAACGUAGAAUAUUUUUAUUAUAUUUUGUUUGUUUAA